CUGGCGGUUCCGGAAGGCAGCACUCUGACGCGAAGCUCCAGGGAGCUCCAGCCGCAGUGCAACCGCAAGCUUCCAACCACGGCGAAACCACCACCACACCACCGAGAACCCGACUUUCACCAACAAUUCCUCGCCGAAUCGCUUGCCGCUUGACGAGCGCAGGACAAUAACAUUCCGCAUCUCACCCUUUGACGUAUCUCCGCAUUAUUGUACAGGAUGGAUCACCGCCCGCAAGCAUGGGGUCGUCCCAGAGAUGACGUCUACGGCCCGUACGAUGCCUCCUACCUCCAGACCAGCGGCCCCAAGACGGCGACACAAUCGCCCGUCGUAACCGGCACCUCGGUCAUCGCGAUCAAGUUCAAGGACGGCGUCGUCAUGGCCGCCGACAACCUGGCCUCGUACGGCUCGCUAGCGCGCUUCACCGACGUCAAGCGGCUGCGCCCCUUCCUCUCGACAUCAGUCGUCGGCUUCGGCGGCGACGUGUCCGACAUGCAGUACCUAGACCGGCACCUGACCGAGCUGGCGAUCGACGAAGCUUACGAGCACGAGUCCUCGGCGGCGGGCACGUCGGGCGGCGCACCGGGCGGCCAGCUCAACGCGGCGAACCUGCACAAGUACCUGUCGAAGCUGAUGUACCGGCGGCGCAACGACUUCGACCCGCUGUGGAACCAGGUGCUGGUGGCCGGGUUCGACGGGGCGGGCAAGCCGUUCCUGGGGUCGGUGGACCUGCGCGGGACGGCGUUCGCGGCGCCGUCGCUGGCCAGCGGGUUCGGCGCCAUGCUGGCGCAGCCCAUCAUGCGGCGGCACGCCGCCACGGACGCCGACGCGGCCGCCCUCAGCCGCGAGCAGGCCGUGCAGAUCGUGCGCGACUGCAUGAAGGUGCUCUUCUACCGCGACGCCCGCUCGCUCGACCGGUACAGCCUCGCCGUCGUGACGCGCGACGGCGUCGAGAUCAGCGAGGACGAGCGGCUCGAGCAGCAGAGCUGGGCCUUUGCCGAGCGCGUCCGCGGCUAUGGUACGCAGGUCGUCUAGAGGAGGGUGCCGGUGUUUAUGAGGAAGUAUGGCGGGGAAAGAAAGAUAGGGCUCGGCGCGUAGGAGAUAUUCAUGCAUCUAGAAUUGCUCUCUUUCUCUCUCCGUGCGAGUGAGAGAUACUAGGGUAAACCGUCGG